UUCGCCUAAGGGGUACAGUUGCACGGGGCUGAAAGGACACCAUAUUUAGGCUGCAUUUAGGGCGUCAGCUGGUCCUAAUCUGUUUCUGCGUCUCAGCUGGAGCUUCUCCAAAUUGCUACAGUUAAUGUACAGUAUCAGUCGCGCUGAGGUUAUCAGUGAAUUCUUAUCAGUUCUUUACGUCGUUUGUUAAUAAGGAAAAUGAAGUAAGACUUCAGGCCAUCGGAACCUGGCGCUGGCACCACGAGAGGGGCGUGACCUCGCUCCCGAAGGCUCCGCUGACCCCUGACCUGACCUCAGCGUACGCGGACUUCGGCGGGCGGCAGCUAAGGGGCGUCGUGAUUCAGAACUGGCCCUUCUUCCGGGUGACGCCCCUGCGCGCCCGCGACGGAGUCCACCAGGAGGCGGCGCCGCACUCGGGCAUCGACUGCAACGUCCUCAGCGCGCUGGCUCGGAAACUCAACUUCACCUACAAACUCCUCCUGGCGGACAGCUGGGGCGGCGUCCAGCCCAACGGCUCGGCGACUGGCAUGGUAGGGAUGGUGGCGAGAAGGGACGUCGAUUUGGCCAUUGAUGAGGUCACGAUUUCAGGAUCCCGAGAGACAGUGGUUGACUUCAGCUUCCCUUACUUCCUGGAGGCAACGACGCUGCUGACGUCGGCGCCAAAGGAGGUGGGGCGGGCGGGCGCUGUCUUCGCGCCCUUCACGCCCAAAGUAUGGGCGGGGCUUAUCAUGUCGACGCUCUUGAUUGGUCCAGUGCUUGCGGGGGUGAGUUGCCUAAUGGGAUUUUACCUGAGGACGAGGCCUGAGUGUUCCAUCCGGACUUACGCCUUCCACAUGUUCCGUAAUUUGGUGAUGCAAGGAAACCUUAUUUCAUCUCCUCAUUGGCCUCUUCGAUUUAUCUUCUUCUUUUGGUAUCUCUUCUGUUUUUAUAUUUAUGCAAUGUACUCGGGGACACUGACAGCCUUCCUUGCCGUCCCUAACUUUGAGAAGCCGAUCGACACCUUGUGGGAUUUGUUAAGGGCCUGUGAGGAAGAAGGUUACCAGACCCUGCUCACUUAUGACACAGCUAAUGCCUAUCUUUUUAAGAAGUCCACCUCUGGAAUAUACAAGGAGAUCUGGGACCGAUGCCAGCCCGAUAAUAGCUACGUUUCCCAUUCGGACGAAGGAGUUCAGAAGGUUCUGACAGGGAAAUACGCUUUUCUUGGAGGAAAGUUGUCAACGGAGGUACGGAUGAACAGAAUUGGGCGGGAGAAAUACCACUUAGCACGCCAAACCUCCCGCCCCUUAGCGUACGGUGUUAUGCUCAAUAGCGGGUCUCCGUACAAGAGAGCGUUCGACAAAGCGAUAAUGCAGUUGGUGGAAUCCGGGCUGGUGGACAAGUGGACGAGAGACGAAGUGGACAAAGCGAGGGGAAGAACCUCGGCUGGAGGAGGAGAAAUAGGGGAUGGAAGAAGAGAAGAAGGAGAACAUGGAAGAGGAGGAGAAGGAGAAGGAAAAGAUGGAGGAGGAGGAGGAGGAGGUGGGGUAAGAACAAGAGAAAGAGGAAAAGGAGGAGGAGAGGGAAGAGGAGAACCGAAAGAAGGAGAAGCAGGAGGAAGAAGAGGCGCAGGAGGAGGCGCAGACGGAGGCCCGGGAGCCAUCUCAGUGACGCACCUUCAGGCCGCCUUCUUCCUGCUGGCGACGGGGCUCCUGCUGGCCGCCCUCGCCCUGCUCGCCGAGUGGGCCUUCGCAGAUCCCACGGGCGUCGUGUCCCCCGAAAAGGCCGGCCCGCCGCCCAUUGCCUGA